AUGAAUCUUAUUAAAGUUCGAACUACAUCGAUUUCCAACAUCUUACAUAAGUUGACUUAUCGUUAUGCUUCAUCACAAGCUUUAGUAACUGAUUUGAAAGCUAUUGCUGGAAAUGAAAAUGUUUCAAAUAGUGCAUCUGUUCGAGAACAACAUGGCCAUGAUGAAUCUUAUCAUGCAGGUCAUGAACCUGAUGUUGUUGUAUUUGCACAAAGUACAGAUCAUGUUUCACAAAUUGUUAAAUAUUGUGCAUCCAAACAUAUUCCGAUUAUACCAUGGGGAACUGGUACUGGCUUAGAAGGUACAGAUAAAUUAGGUUUUACUUAUUUUCUAUUGAAUUGUAUCUUUUUUCAUAUAGGCGGUGUUACGGCACCUAAAGGCGGUGUAUGUCUCAACUUGAGUCGUAUGGAUAAAAUUAUUUCAGUUAAUCCGGAAGAUUUUGACUGCACUGUUCAAGCUGGAGUUACUCGAAAUGCAUUAAAUACUUUUAUUCGUGAUACCGGUCUUCAGUUUCCUAUUGAUCCUGGUGCAAAUGCAUCUCUUGGUGGUAUGUGUGCAACUAGUGCAUCAGGAACAAUGGCUGUUAAAUAUGGAACAAUGCGUGAAAAUGUGAUGAACUUAGAAGUUGUUCUUGCUGAUGGUAGUAUUAUUAAAACAUCAGGACUCAAAGGAAGAAGUCGAAAAACAUCAGCAGGAUAUAAUCUAACUAAUUUAUUUGUUGGUCAAGAAGGAACAUUAGGUAUUAUCACUGAAGCAACACUGAAACUACAUGCAACACCUGAAGCAGUUCUUGCUGCUGUUGCUCCAUUCAAAGAUUUUCAGUCUGCAGUUGAUGCAACAGUUGCCAUAAUGCAAAGUGGUUUACCAGUUGCUCGAAUCGAAUUUCUUGAUGAAAAGAUGGUUGAUGCUUGUAAUCGUUUUUCUAAGUUGAGUUUAGAUGUGUUACCAACAUUAUUUCUUGAAUUUCAUGGAAGUAAUAACAAUAUAGAAAUGCAAGGUCAAUUAGCAGAAGAGACAUGUAAAUCAUUUGAAUGUCUUAAAUUUAAUUAUGAGACAGAAACAGAUAAACGUGCUGAUUUAUGGAAAGCAAGACACAAUGCUAUUUAUGCUGCUCAAGCACUAAGACCAGGUUCAAAAGCUUAUAGUACUGAUGUUUGUGUUCCAAUUAGUGCUUUACCUGGCAUGAUUACUUUUGCAAAAGAUGCAUUAAAACGAUUGAAUUUAUUAGGACCAAUUGUUGGUCAUGUUGGUGAUGGAAAUUUUCAUGUAUUUCUUAUAAUUGAUCCAAAAAAUGCCGAAGAAGUUGAACGUGUUCAUGAAUAUAGUAUAGCAUUAGCUAAAGAAUCAUUACGUGUAAAUGGUACAGUUACUGGUGAACAUGGUGUAGGAAUUGGAAAGAAACAAUUAUUAAUUGAAGAAUUUGGACCAGCAGGAAUUAAUACUAUGAAAGCAAUUAAACAAGCACUUGAUCCAUUAAAUAUUCUCAAUCCUGAUAAAGUUAUAUAA